UGUUCUCUUCCCCACAAAGCAAAAGAAAAAAAAGCAGCGAAGAAGAAGAAGAAGAAGAAGAGCAAAACAACUACGAUGAGUCAAGCUCCAGUUAGUGCUCCCCCUCAGCAAGGUUAUCCACCAAAUUACGCUUAUCCUUAUCCACCACCGGAAGGACCACCAAAGGACGCUUAUCCACCACCGGGACAACCCUAUCCUCAGCAAGGAUAUCCUCCACAGGGAUAUCCUCAGCAAGGCUACCCUCCUCCGUACGCACCUCAAUACCCACCGCCUCAGCAACAACAGCAGCAGAACCGCAGUCCUGGUAUGCUUGAAGGAUGCCUUGCUGCUCUGUGUUGUUGCUGUGUCUUGGACGCUUGCUUCUGAUCUCUGAGUAGUGGAGUCUCUCUCUCUCUCUCUCCUUGAAGCUGCGAUGCGAAUAUUGGUUUACUGAUAAUGAUCAUCAUCUCAUAUUAUUCUCUUUCCGUUUCUUUUUUUUUUUUUUUUAAUGAUGAAACCAUUCUCAAAGACAUCCUUCUGUUUUCUUUAAUAAGUUUCACUUACUAGAUUAUUUGGAUUUUGCCAUAUUAUGUAAUUGAUUGGGUGACCCAAUUUAUUGUUACAAAGUAUUGGCCUUAUAUUAUACACACCUCUGUUUCUUCUU